AUGCCAAUGCUGAUUUUCUGUCACGUCUUCCCAGUUCUGGAAAGAUUGAGAGCCAGCAGGAUGAGUUUUGUCGUCAAGUGGACUGAAGAGGCUACUAAGACGAAUGAGGCAAAGUUGAAGUCCUUGCCGAUUACAACCGAGAAGAUACGACAGGCCUCGGAGAAGGAUAAGACCUUGUCAAGAGUUCGGAUAUUUGUCCUGAACGGAUGGCCACGUCGAGACGAGAUAUCACCAGAUUUCGAUGUGUGGCUAAGGAAGAAAGAUGAGAUGACAGUGGAAUCAGGUUGUUUCUUGUGGGGAACAAGGGUUAUUAUCCCAGAGUGUCUGCAGCAAUACAUCUUAGAACUCCACCGAGGUCAUCAAGGAAUGGUGAGGAUGAAGAGUCUUGCUCGGAUGCAUGUGUAUUGGCCAGGUCUUUAUCAGGAUAUUGAACGAUUGGUACAAUCUUGUGCACCAUGCCAAGCCAUGCAGACUUUACCAUCUGCAGCUCCAGUGAAUCCUUGGGCAUGGCCCUCACAGCCAUGGCACCGAGUACAUGUUGACUUUGCUGGACCAUUUUUGGAUCAGAUGUUCUUGUUAGCUGUCGAUGCUCACAGUAAAUGGCCAGAGGUCAUUCCCAUGAAAUCUACAACAGCUUCAAAUACCAUUAGAGUUCUGAGAAGUCUAUUUUCACGACAUGGUCUUCCCAUGGAAGUGGUAUCGGAUAACGGACCCCAGUUCGUUGCAGAGGAGUUUUCUAUCUUCUUGAAGAAGAAUGGAAUCCAGCACAUCAAGUCUGCCGUGAAGCACCCAGCUUCUAAUGGGGAAGUGGAACGUUUUGUUCAAACCUUCAAGAAGGCCAUGAAGAAAGCAAGAUCAGAUGAAGGUGAUGUGCGUCUGAAGUUGGAUAGGUUUUUGUUGUCAUACAGAACCACUCCUCAUGUGGUUACUCAAGAAACACCAGCCAAGAUGCUUAUGGGGAGAGAGUUGAGGACACGCCUGAGUCAAGUGAGACCAGAUUUAGGCUUGAAGCUACAACAGAAGAGAGCUCCCAAGAAAGAUAGAGUGAGGAUGUUUGAGGUUGGAGAACAAGUAAGGGUUCUUGAUCUUCGGAUCAAUGCUGAUCUGAAGGUGGUCUGA